AUCGUCCCUGAAUAUACGUCAAGUCAAGUGUACGUGUACUGUUUGGGUGACAUAUGACAUAUAUAAUCUAUGUUAUUUAAUUUAUCGCCAAAAUUAGGUAACGAAUAUGUCACAGGGUCCAUCAGAGGACCCAGGUGGGUCUGGCCCUGGGGUCGCAGAGCAUUCGGGCAAUCAGGAAUUGAAUGACCUGAAAGAUCAGUUCGAGCACCAGCAGACAUUAAUAGCACAAUUGAAGGAGAUGCUGAGGAAGGAUGAUCAAACAAGUGUGACCCAGGAGAAGGUGGCAGAAUAUGCAAACACUCUUACCAAGAUGAAUGCGAGGGCAAAGAGGAACCAAAACAAGGAGGGUGGUGCUAAAGACAUUGCAAGGAAAACCAUAGACACUCCUUCGAGUGAAAAGAUGCUCUUACUAAGGCAACAAAUAGAGCAAAACAAGGUAAAGUUGGCUGAGAGGGGAAAGAGUCAGAAAGGUGUGGAGCAAAGGGUGUUGCAGAUGAAGGCUCAACUGGAUGAUUCCCAGCAUUUCAUUAGUCAAUCAACGACUCCCUUAAAUAUAUCUCUAAUAGAAGAUAGAGUAGACUACAGUCCAAGUGCAAGUUCGCAAGAGCUUUACAAUAUCCUUUUAAACAAAGACAAAAGAAUAACUGAGAUGAACAUGAAAAUGUCUAAAUUGGAGGCAAAUGUUUUAGAUCUUCAGGAGAAUCUAAAAGAGAAGGAUUCCGUUAUUGAUGCCAGAACUAAAGCAAUCACUUUGAUGUCGGAAAACCUAAGCAAAAAGAGCAAAACUACUUUGGAUACGUUGGACGAUACUAAAGAGCAGAUGCGGAAAAUGCAAACCAAUUUUAUCAAAUUGGAGGAGGAUAUGAAAGAGGAAAACUGCAAACUUCAGAAUCUGUUGGACGAGAAGAACGUCGAGAUAUGCCAAUUGAAAAGUGAGAACGAUAGUCUUGUAGCAAGUAAAACGGAAUUAAGCAAAGAAUUGGAUACUUAUAAAGAAAGCGGUGAGAACGAUUUGAAAUUGCGAGAAAAGAUUGCGGAAUUGGAAGAAAUGAAUAGGAAGCUUCAAAGCAACGAAUCCCCGAGGAAUUCUCCAUCGAGGAAUGGUAAAAGAAAUAAGCGCGGUAGAAGCAAAUCAGGUAGACCUGUUGAAGAUAACUCCGAACAGAUUACCUUGUUGGAGAAGACAAUUAAGGAGCUGGAGAAGAGCGUUGAAGAGUAUGACAAAACCGUUAAAGAAUAUAACACCACCAUUGAAGAUCUAAAGAAGGAGAAGGAAGAAUCUAACAAUAUCAUUAAACAGCUUAGGAGUUCCACCGAAUCCAGCGGCGCUGAUUUGCAGGCUUUGAAAAAGCAGCUCGAUGAUUCUAACAAGAAUAUGAUUAAAGUCAAAGCGCAGCACAAGAGUAAAUUGAAAGAAUUGAAUAAGAAAAUCGACGAUUUCAAGAAGAUCAGUAACGUUAACGCUGAACUAGUCAAAGUCGAAUCGGAGAACUCUAAACUUACCCAGAAAAUUGCCGAAUUGGAAGAGGAGAAAGGACAGAUGCAAUUGCAAUCAAAUGAUUUGGAAGAGUUUGAGGCAAAGAUAAAAGAACAUCUGGAGACGAUUUCUGUGAAAAACGAAUUAAUUUUGAAACUCGAGAAUGUUAUUCAAGAGAACGAAGAGCAAAUGAAUUCUCUAACUUCUAGAGUGGAAACUUUGUCGAAUGCGCGCAGCGAUAAGAUUCAAUCUGAUUUGACGUCCGUUCAAUUCGAAGAGCAAUUGGAGAAAAUGGAGAGGGAACAACAAGAGAUGUUGGAAGGAAAAGCUCUGAUUUUGCAAGAAAAUAAGGAACUCAAGUCGAAAAUCGAGGUCUUGUCGAAGGAGAAGCAGGAGAUUAAUAGUAAAUUGGAGAAUUAUCUGCAGGAGAAUAUGGAGUUGAUAGACAGACUAGAGAAAUUAAGUGCAGAGAAGGUAUCUUCUGCGGAGAGCAUAGAAAUAGUCGAGAACUUGACGCAGCAAGAGAAGUUGGAACUGGAGGCUUAUCAGAAGAACAUAAUGAGUAAAAACAUGGAACAGCUCGAGGAUAAUCCGGAAUUGAACGAGAGUGUAAACCAAUUGACGGAAGAAACUUCGGAGCUGCUGCAACGUAUCGAGUUGUUCACUGUGGAAAGGAAAGAGGUAAUGGAGAAGAUGGAGCAACUUACACAAGAGAACAACCAACUUACAUUCCGAAUCAAGGAGGUCGAGAAUAAUCGUGACGUCUUAGUUGAAACCUAUGAGCAGCUGCAAACUGAGAAGGAAGAAUUAGACGAGAAGUUGACCGGAAUGGAAGAGGUGGAAAAAACCCUUACUGCUAAAACUGAUGAAUUGGAAAAGUAUAAAUCUAUGAUUGAAGAUCAAAAGAAAGAAAUCGAAGACUUGUACAUGAAACUACAAGCCAAUCAAAGUGCAGAUGAUGAAUCGGUUGCAAUUCGCAGCGAAUUGGAAUCAUUGCAGAAACAGUACACGCAUUUACUGAAAGAGAACGAAACACUGAAAAACGAAUCCGAGAAGAUCGAUGAUCAGAAUGAACUGAAACAGUGCAUUAGCGAUUUAGAAUCUAAAUUAAGAAACAACUUGGAAGAGAUUCAUAACUACAAAUCUACCAUGGAAACGAAUAAUGUUAACCUGAAAGAAUACGAAGUUAUCAUUAAUGAGCAAAAGAAUAAACUGAGCGAUAUGGAAAUUGAAAUGAAGAAUUACAAGAAUGAAGAAGCUCAAUUGCUCGACGCUAUCAACAAGUUGGAAGAGAACAAACGUGUUGAAUUAACUUUCAUGUCGGAACAAGUGGAAGAGUUGAAAUCUAUUCUCAGCGAAAAUCUAGAUCAAAUGCAAAAGUAUGACCAAGAACUGCAGGCGAAUUCGGAUACCAUUAAAUCGCUCACCGAAGAGUUGAAACAGUUGAACAACAAAAUCCUGGAAACUGAACAUUUGCUCGAUUGCAAGGAUGAUGAGAUCAAGCAAGUGAAACGGGAAAAGGAUCAGAUAUCGGAGGAAUGCGAAUCAAAGUUGAAAGAGCAAGCAAGUACAUUUAAUCAAAAGCACGAAGAAAUGAAAUUGAAAUUCGUUCAACUGCAGAAACAAAUUGAUCAGAACAGCGGAUCGCUGCAGCCACUCGAAGGUAAAGUGCAAGAGUUGGAGAAGAAGAAUAGAGAUCAGCUAGAGAAAAUGAAGAAGAUUGCAGCAAAUCUGAAAAAGAAAACGUUGGAUUACAAAGAGCUCGAAACUAAAUACAAUGAUGUCUCGGAGAAGUGGAUGAACGAGAAGAAGGAGAAGGAAGAAAUUACCAAUGAAAAGGAGAGCGAGUGGAAAUUGAAAAUUGAGCAAUUGGAUUCGGAUAAUGAAUCAUUGAAAUCAACGAAUUCUGGUUUGAUGUCUGAAAUCAGUGCAUACACUGCCCAAGUAGAGGACUUGCAAAACGUUGUUAGAGAAUAUGAAACUGAAAUUAAUUCCUUCCGCAAUGAAAUCGAGGCUAUGAAGUUGAGCAGCAAUAAUAGUCUUAACGCUGAAUUGAAUAAUAGAGAUGAAAGAAUAAUUACCUUGAACGAACAAUUGGAAUCUUUGAGGUACGAAACUGAUGCUAACUCCAACGCGUUGCAAAUGAAAAUCAAAGAGUUGGAGUUAUUCAUAGAAUCGCAGAACGACGAGCUGAAUAACUACAAAGAUAGAGUGAAUCGUUUGGAAGAAGGUUUAUCGAAAGUUGAAGAAAGACGAUUGAGUUUGGAAGGAAAGGCUAUCCAAUUGGGAAUGCAACUCGAAGAAAAAGAGAGUUGCGUAGUCGAAGCUUCAAUCAAGGAGGCCAACAUCGAAGAACGAUUGAAUGCGUUGAUAAAAAAAGAUAAGUUGUUCAACGAUCGCCUGAAUGAAACAUUAGAUGAAAAUCAAGAGUUGCAAGCGAAGAAGCAACAUUUAUUAGAAGAGAACGAGCAACUUAGAAAAUCAAUAACAUUAUUGGAAACUCAAUUGAAGAGCUCUAACGAAGAAGUGGAAGAUGUUGGUAAGGUUUCUGAAGAAAAUGAAUCUCUGAAGAACUCUGUGAAUCAUUUGGAGAUUGAAGUGCACAAACUACAAAAUAGUUUGGAGAACAUGAAGUCGGAAUCCGAGAAGAAUGAAAAUGAACUUCAAGAACAGAUCCAGGAAUUCAAUUUGGAGAGAAAGAAACUGCUGGAAGAAUGCGAGAUGAUGAACGAUCAGAAAAAUUCGUGGACUCAAAUGCAAGAGGAAUUCAGCGCGAAAAUCGCGGUUUUAAAUGAAAAACUUGAUCAGCAACAAAUCGAGUACAAUGACAUCACGACCAAGUAUUCUGUUCUGCAGACGGAAUAUCAAAUGUUGUUGAAUAAUCUAGAAGAAACUAGCAGUAAAUUGCAGACUGUCGAAGCCGACAAGAAUAACAUGUCAGCUGAAAUAGAGGAGAUGCACGAAGUUAAGACUCAAUUAGAUUUCGCUAAGAAUAUGUUAAAACAUGUCGAAGAGAACUCUCUUUUGGUGAUGACUAGAAAUGAUCAAUUGGAAAAGAAGAUCGAAGAAUUUACAACAAAGAAAGAGAAUAAAAUCGAUUGGCCGGUACUUUCUCAAAAUCCGUUCGACUUUGUCACCGAACAACCACAAACCGAACAAGACGUGCAAUCUUUACAUGAUAAAAUCAAGAGUUUGGAGUUCAUGUUGUUCACGGCGGAGAAGGAAAAAGAAAAUGCACUGAUGGAAUGCCAUCAAAUGUCCAGCGAAUUAACUAAGGUGCUGUACGAGAAGGAAAAAAGAGGAUUCGUCGAAUUGGAGUCUCAAAUUCAGCAGGGCGGUGAAAUCGCUAUAUCAGCAGAAGUUAAAGCAGAUUUACAACAAAUGCAACCAGUCGUCGAAGAAGUUUGCGUCGCCAGAAAGGCUUACGUGUGUCAGCCGGAAAACCAGAAUAUGAACGCUUUCGGUGAGAACGACGACGGUUGGGCAUGGGGAGCAGAGGAGGCGAAAUUGGAGCAAGAGCACAUGGAAAAUGUCGGAAACGGUGCUGCUUAUUACACGCAGAGAAUCAAAGAGUUGGAAGCCAACGUUAUGGUGCUUGAGGUAGAGCGUGAGAGUAAUAUGGAAGAGCUGAAGCAGUCGCAAGUAAAAUCAGGAAAAUUGCUUAAGAAAUUAAAGGAGUUCAAAGUAAAGAACGACCAGUUGACUGCCAAAUUGAAGUCUGCCAAUAGCAGCGACGUUGGUUUCAAAGAUUUAGAGGAUGCCAUGGUCGAUGAACUGAAGUCACAGUUGGAAACGUCUGAGAAGAAGUUGAAGGAGAUCAUUGCAGAAUUUGAAAAAGAAAAAUUAGAGAAAGCUAAUAUCCUGAAGAGGGUCGAUGUUUUGACCUCCGCUAACGAAAGGAUGGUCGAGAUGAAGGAAAAACAGGACAUCGAAGUGAUGGCUUGGCAGAGGCGUAAUCGAGAACUGGCCGAAAAAUUGGAAAAGUUCGAGUGGGACACGGACUCUUUCGAAACAUCGAAUACAGCAACCCAACAAACGACCGAUCAAGGAUCACCUGCCCACGAAUUGAAAAUUAAAGAGUUAAAUGAUGUUAUCAACGAAUUGAGCAUCGAUAACGAAGAACUACAAUCUAUUCUCGAGGAGCAGAGAACGUUGCUGAAGGAAGCUCAGAGAGCCAAAUCCAUGGAACCUAUUUCGGAGAACAUGAAAACGGAGACCGAAUUUAACGCUUUGCUUCAGAAAAACAACGAAUUGUUGAACGAGUUAACAACCACUCAAGAGAAAAUGAACGAGGUCACACAACAGUUGCAAAUGAACUACGUGAAGCGCACGCAGUUGGAGGCAUGUGUUAUGGAAUGCAAUAUCAUGAUCGAAGAGUUGCAAACAAAAAUUAAAGACAACAUUGACAGUUUGGAAAUCGAGAAAUUGGAAUUGCUGGAAAAGAAUAAAGAUUUAUCAUUUGAGGUGGACAUGUUAGCCGAAUUUAAAUCGCAGUUAGAAGUCGUUGAAUUCGAGAAGACCACGCUUUUCGAAGAAUUGAAAGUGCUGAAGACGACGUUGCAAGAGAAAGAUAAUUUAUUGCAACACCUGGAGUCGGAAAAGAAUAAUAUGAUUGAAGUGAGGAAUGUACAAGAGAACGAAGAAUUGAAUGUGGUAAAAGCGUCGUUGCAGAAUGCGUUGCAAGAAAAACAGAAUUUAGUAGAACUUUUGGAGUCCGCAACGAGUAACAUGGUGGAAGUUAGUAAAUUGCAAGAAAACGAAGAGGCUUUUGCUCAAGAAAAACGGGAUUUAUUAAUGAAGAUUGAGGAUUUACGUAAUAAAGAAAGUGAAUACUUGAGGGAAAUUGAAAUGCUUCAGGGAAAUAUUCAGCGGCUGGAUGAAAACUCGAACGAAUUGAAUAUUAAACUCGAAGAUAGAGAUAAUGAAAUUGUAAAUUUGCAGAAAUUGAAGGAAGAAUUUGUAGCUCAAGUGAGCGUUUUGGAAAAUGAUAAAUCUAAUUUACUUGCUGCAGCGGAAGAGCAGAAGAGGCUUGAUGCAUUGGGAGAUGAACAUAGUAGUUUGGUUCAGGAACUCGAGGACAAAAUCCUGGAGUUGCAAAGAAAACUAGAGAAUCUGGAAAAUGAUUAUCAAUCGAGGCUCGAGCAAUUGCAGUUGGAAUGGUCGCAGCACGUGGAGCAGAGAGGCAACGACGUCGCUGAAAGUUGGAAGAUGCACGUGGAUAUGAGAGAAAAGGAAUUCGUGCAAACUGAACAGAAGUUACGCAAUGACCUCGACUCGUGGGAAGGCAAGUACAACGCGAUGGUGAACGAAAACAACGAGCUGAAGAAAAACGUCGAUGAUGAGAUCAGAAAUGAAAUAGAGAAGAUGACGGCAUUGCAGAAGGAGGUGCUAGAGAAGCAGCAUCAAAUCAAUGAUCUGACGCGUGUCCUGCAGGAGAAACAGACGGAAAUCGAUAGCGCACACGUGCAGAGUAAUAAUUACAUGGCGAUUAUCCAACAGUUGAAUCUGAAUAUCGAGGAGGCCGCUAAAAAGGCCAAGGACGUUGAAGAGCUGCACGAGGAGAGGGAGGCCAAGAUACAACUGCUGAACGAGAAAAUUAUGCAACUGAGCGAGAGAAUCCAGGAGCUUGAAUUGGAGUCGGAUGAGUUGCGUCAAACGGUCGUCAUCAAAGAGGACGCAAUUGCUAGACAGGAUGAAACCAUCAAAGAGCUGAACACGCAAAUAGCCAGCAGCUCGGAUACGGAAAACGUCGUGAAAACAUUGCAACUGGAACUGCAUGAGAAGCAGAACGAGCUGAAUGAGAACGAAAUAUAUCUGGAGGAUUAUAAGAUGCAGCUGGAACAAUACAAGUCGAAGAUAGAGACGUUGGAGAGGAGCGUCUUGGACCGUGAGAACGAAUUGCGUGCUAUGCAAGUGGAAAUGCAAGCUGAACACGCGAGCGCGACGAAUCACCAGCAGCAGAUUUCCAUGUUGAACACACAAAUCGAGGAAUCCCGUCUGCUGAACGAGAACUAUUCCGUGGAAUUGCAGAGAUGCACUUACGAGUUACAAUGCAGAGAUGCGGAAUUGGCUAGAAUAAAUGUUGCAUUUACUGAGAGGGAGCAGGAAUAUGCUUCUCAUCUGCAAGCGAAAUCUUUAGAAAUCGAAUGCGUUUCUAGUCAAAAGAUGAUCGAAAUCGAAGAUCUCCAGGAUAAAUUAAACGAAAUCAGAUGCAAGGAAGAAGUCUUAGUUUCCACGGAAACCGAGCUGCGUGCCUACAAGCAGCAGCUGGAGGAGCAGCAGACGGAAAUUGCCAAUUUGCAGGUGAAUCUGCAGCAGGAGCACGAGAAAUUGAACGAGCGCAUCGUGAAAAUCGAAUACGCCGAGAGGGAGAUUACCGAGCUGCAGCAGAUCAUCGAGAGUCAACAGCUGACCAUCGAAGAGUUGAAACGCGAUUUGCUCGAGAAAAGCAGCAACUACGAUGCUCUGAUUGCCGAAGUCAGCGAAGUGCAAGAAUUGUCAACGGCCAGGAGGCAACUGCAAUACGAAGCCUCUUCGGCAGCGGACGAGAAUCUUGCGGAUCCGGUGAACAGGGCUGAAUUGGAUUUGGCUCUGUACAUGUUGCACCAGAGGGACGUUCGUUGCGAGGAGCUCACAGUGGAGCUGAUGCAGCUCUUGGAGGAGAGAGAUACGCUGCAGUUGCGUCUGUCGAAUGCCAUCAGAGAGAAGGAGGAUUUGCGUUCCAGGCGGACGUUGGAGGAAAGCGACGAAGAGGCUAACGUCGGCCAGACGAAGCAGGUCUCCCAAUUAGGUGCUAUACCGAAGAGUAGAGCAAUUAUUUUGGGUGCUACCGGUACCGAGAUGGCGACUGAGGCUGCGGAGAGCUUGGAGGGAGGAGGCGGCGGCGCCUUGGCAAACAAACUUUCCGAAUUGAAAUCGGUCGGUUAUCGGAAAGACAAGACCAUCUUGGAUGAACAGGACAUGCGUAGGAUCCAGCAGUUGUCCAUUCUGCAGCAGCACAAGGACGAUGUUUCCAAGUUACCAGCAGAAGCAGCUGCGAGACUAGUCGAUGCCAGUUAUACAUUAUCACGGGACGUUCAAAGCCCUUCGAAGGUUCUACUCAAUUGGCUGUGGGGUAAGAGCACGCCAAAAGUAAACAACGUUUGAUCCGGAACGUCACAGCCUAUCUGUAUUAUGUGCCUACAACAGUGUAAGAAUAGUGAACCAACCAAUAUUAAUAUAACGAGAAGAA